UGCCGUGACCGCUGAACUUCUGGUAGAGGCUAGUGAGACCAGCAAGCAGCAGGCGAGGGGCUGAUGGCCGCUGAAGGCGAAUCGCUGGCGGCGCCGCUGCUCGAGCGGAGCGCCGGGCGGCGGGACCAGUUCGUGGAGGUGCGGCUGUACCGGCGGGGCGCCGGGCCGGUCGCCAUCUUCCGGUCGGACCUGUCGGGCCCUCGCCGCGGCCGCCUCGACGUGCGCCGCAUCCAGGCCAACCACGGCCUCCGGGCUCUCUACGCCUUCAAGCCCGAGGGCUCCCGUCGCGGCUUCCGGAUCAGGUGCGACCCGGCCGCCGGCUACUCCGCGCUGCCCUUCCGCGACGGCGCCGCCAUCGCCCUCGACGGCGAGCCCAAGGAGUCGUGGACGAAGCCGGUGUCGCUGAUCGUCGCCGGCCUGCUGGUGCCCGCGCUGAUGGCGGCGGUGGCGAUCAACGGGGUGCCGGAGCCGCUGCGGUCGUCGAGGGUGAUCAACGGGAUCUUUCCGCCGUGGAUCCUCGUCAGCGCGGUCAUAAUCUUCGCUCGCGCCAGGACGCGGCCAAGGGCUCCGUGAGUUCGGCAGCGGAGCUUACAGGCCUUACAGGAAUGGCUCUCCCCCAAGUAAAAGACGCAUCAGUUUCUCCAAUUCUCCCCAUUUGUCACAUAAAAUCCUUGCCUAGAAGCUAGAAUGUAAGAACUAACUGUAAUGUAAUGUCGACAAAAUGGACUAUAUGCCCACCGGAUUUUGUUUGAUGAAAUGUUAUCUGAAUGUCGAAAUGCCAUGGAUCAUGGAUUCACA